GUUUGUCAUCAAAGGAAGCCUGGCUGGGGCUGCCGUGUACCUGGCGUACGAUCAGGGGCUGCUGGGCAGUGGCACACAAGGUGCUGAAGCCCUCAAAAAAGCUCAAGCGGCUCUGCCUCCAGCUAUCCAGGAGCUGACAAGUUACCUAGGCUGGGAGCUUCCACCCACUCCAAAAUUUGACUUUUCCCCCUCCGAGUCCUGGAAUAAAGGAGUGCAGACAGUCAUGUCCGCCUUGUCGGUAGCUCCCACCAGGGCCUGUGAAUACACGGCGGAAGGCUGGAAGUACAUGAAGGAUCUUGUCAAAUGA